GAAGCAAAUACAUUCAACAUGCGAUCGGCGGCAGUCAUUGCUAUCGUCUCAGUGGUGCUGGGCAUCGCAGGUGCCACCGAGUGGUGGGAGAGUGGCAACUAUUAUCAGAUAUAUCCUCGUUCGUUCCGCGAUUCCGACGGCGAUGGCAUUGGAGACCUCAAUGGCGUCACCGAGAAGCUGCAGUACCUUAAGGACAUUGGCUUCACGGCUACUUGGUUAUCGCCCAUAUUCAAGUCACCCAUGGUCGACUUUGGCUAUGACAUUGCCAACUUCUAUCAGAUACACCCCGAGUAUGGAACCAUGGACGAUUUUGAUCGUUUAAUUACCCGUGCUAAGGAGGUCGGCAUUAGGAUUAUUCUCGACUUUGUGCCCAAUCACUCGAGUGAUCAGAAUGAAUGGUUCAUCAAGUCCGUGGACAGCGAUCCCGACUACAAGGACUUCUAUAUCUGGCAUGAUGGCAAGAUCAAUGAGACAACCGGUGAACGUGAACCGCCAAGCAAUUGGAACUCGGAAUUCCGUUACAGUGCCUGGGAAUGGAAUGAGGUCCGACAACAGUAUUACUUGCAUCAGUUUGCCACGGCCCAACCCGAUCUCAACUAUCGCAAUCCUGCCGUCGUUGCUGAGAUGAAGAACGUCAUCACAUUCUGGCUGAAAAAGGGAGUCUCUGGCUUCCGCAUCGAUGCGGUUCCUUAUCUCUUUGAGGUCGAUCUGGAUCAAAACAAUGAGUAUCCCGAUGAGCCGCUCUCGAAUGACGCCAGUUGCCCCGAUCCCGAUGAUCAUUGCUACACGCAGCACAUUUACACACAAGAUCAGCCUGAAACCUUUGACAUGAUCUAUCAAUGGCGCGAGUUGGUCGACGAAUAUCACACAGAAAAUGGCGGAGAUCCGCGUCUACUUAUGACUGAGGCCUACACUAGCUUCGACAAUAUCAUGAAGUUUUAUGGAGACGGCACUCGCAAUGGCUCGCAGAUUCCCUUCAACUUUGACUUCCUUUCGAAUAUUAACAACGCAUCGACGGCAUCCGACUAUGUGGAGCACAUUGAGAAAUGGAUGAAUGCCAUGCCAGCUGGUGUCUAUGCCAACUGGGUGCUGGGCAACCACGACAACAAACGAGUGGCUUCGCGAUUUGGUGUGCAGCGCAUCGACUUGAUCAACAUUUUGCUGCAGACAUUGCCAGGCCAUGCAGUCACCUACAACGGUGAGGAACUGGGCAUGACCGAUGUGUUCAUUAGCUGGGAGGAUACUGUCGAUCCACAGGCAUGUAACUCCGAUCCGGACCAAUACUAUUCACGCUCACGUGAUCCAGAACGUACGCCUUAUCAAUGGGAUGCAUCCUCAAUGGCUGGUUUCACUAGCGGUGACCAAACCUGGUUGCCAGUGGCGGACGACUAUAAGACAAACAACGCCCUUCAGCAGUUGCGUGCUCCACAGUCCCAUCUGCAGAUCUUCAAGACUCUGGUGCGUGUGCGACAGGAACCCUCGUUCCGCACUGGCGAACUGAAGAUCCAAGCGGUGGGCGAUGAUAUUAUCAUCUACUCACGUCAAAAGGAAGGCAGCGAUCUUUAUGUGAUUGUUCUUAAUCUGGGUGAUUCCAAUCAGACCAUUGAUCUCACCCAAUACUUCAGUCUUGGCGCACAGGCUGAGAUCAUCACCAGCUCAUUGCAAUCGCAGUACAUCAAUGGCGACAUUGUGCAGACUGCCGAAUUUAAUGCCAACUCUAAUGUGGGUACAGUUUUGGUAGGCAUUAAUUAAAUGAAUAGCAUACAUUUCAACAAUAAAAAGCUGUGUAUUGUAAAUAUAAUAAAUACAAAAUAAGAAGAAA